AUGAAGAAAAAGAAAGCAGCAAUUGCUUGUCACAGUCCUUUACACAACAAAGUAUUCUGUUUUAGACUUGUGACUUUUGGAAUAACUUUUCUCCUUCGUACAAUCGCCUACUUGCUAAUCGAACGUUUAUCUAAUUCAAUUUAUGAACUAACAUGUUUUUAUUGUCUACAAAACUACGAAAUGAUUGCAAAGUUGCUAAUUGGUUACACUUUCAGCUUAGCUGAGAAAAUAAAUUAA